AUGACAUACAACCGAUUCCGUCAUUUGCUGACUUUACUACAUUUCUCCGAAAAUGAAGAUGAUUCAACAGAUAAGCUUAGAAAAAUUCGUUCUGUUUACGAACUUCUGGUUGAUAACUUCAAAGCUGUUUAUAGACCAGGAAAAGAUAUAAGCAUUGAUGAAUCAUUGAUACCGUGGAAAGGUCGACUAAGUUUUAGGCAAUGUAAUCGAAAUAAACGAGCUCGUUUCGGGAUAAAAGCAUACAAAAAUUGCGAGUCAAAAACUGGCUACGUUUAUGAUGUGAACAUGUACAUAGGUAAAGAUCGUGAAAAUGAAAGAGCCCGUAAAGGAAUAGGCAUAUCUGGCACAGUAGUAAAAACAUUACUUAGAGAUCUCGCAGGUCAAGGCCGAUCGCUUUACAUUGACAACUGGUAUACAUCUCCACUUUUGUGCAAAGAGCUUGUCGAUGAAAAAACGAAUGUCUGCGGAACCGUGCGUGAAAAUCGUAAAUACAUGCCAAAGGAAAACACAAAAAAUCUAAGAGUUGGUGACAUGACAGUUUGGUACACUCCAAAAAUGGCUUUUCUGGCAUGGAAAGACAAAAAAGUUGUUACGAUGCUCACAACAAUGCACAAUCCAGCCAUGAUUGAUACCGGAAAAAUAGAUAGGCACACCAAGAAAAAGAUCAUGAAGCCAAAUGUUGUUAUUUCUUAUAAUAACAAUAUGGGAGGUGUAGAUAAAACAGUUCAGUCUAUUUCUUCUUACGAAACGAUUCACAAGACUGUCAAGUAG